UAUAUGCCAACAAGUCAUUUUCAAUUCCUAGUGACCACACAGAUUUUUUUCCCCAUGACCGUUUGUCUCUAACUUGAUCUUUCGGGUCUUUUUGUCCUCUUACAUAGAAACUAAGUAUUGAUCAAAAUGAAAAUAAAGAACUCCUACUCUAGGGCCAUAAGGCUGACAUCCUCAACAAAGAGCACAACAGUUUCUGAGCAUCAUUACUCCUACAGUUCCAAGUUCCGUCCUUUCGCUAACAAUUGCCAACCGAUAGUAGAGUCGCGUCUUUGCCCGUGACUGUAGGACCGCCCCCGUUAUCUCCUGCCUUCUGCGAAUGCGCAGUUAAUACUUUUGAAGCCGAAAGGGUGAGACGAAGUUGCCCGUCCAAAGGGCGUCCCGAAAAUGUUCUCGUUCAGGCGAGGUGGGAGAGUCGCGAGGCCCGGGCUACCUGCGUAAGCUCCUCCUCCGCCCAUCUUUUGUAUUGCACGCACGCAGUUGCCUGAAUGAGGAUCACGUGUUUGAAGUUGGUGCCUGACCAAACCAAGGCGACCGACCGUCUGCUUAGCGGUGCCGCUUUGUUAAGGCGGCUGCGUCCCACCGGUACAGAAGCACCGGGCCGAAGAGCAGCCCAUCUAUUGUCUUCGCCUCCCGCUUGUUCCCGAGAGACUCCUCGCCAAAAUGGCAGAUCUGAACCGGCAACUGCAAGAAUAUUUAGCUCAGUCCAAGGGCGGCGGCGGCGGCGGCUCGACGGUUUUGUCGGUUCCUCAGACCCCGCCUCAGGACGAGGCAGAAGAAACCGACUCGGGCUUGGGCGUCUGGCUGCGGCGCAUGAACCCUUUCCCCGCGACAGAAACGUGGUCGGGGGCGGCCGAGCCGGAGACGGAUCCGUGGCUACCGACAGGGAUGUCCCGUUGGCAGAGACUAGUGGGAAGUGCCCUGUGUCUUCUGCUGGCUGCUCUCUGUUUCGGCCUCGCCGCGCUUUAUGGCUCGCUCCUGCUGCUUCGGAAGUUCGCGCUGCUCUGGUCCUUGGGCUCGGCCUUUGCGUUGGGAGCCGCUGGUUUCUUGCGGGGCCCGAGUCGUUUCCUGGGCGAUCCUGACCGGCGCGGCCUGGCUAUCCUGUAUUUGGGCGCCGUGGGCGGAACUCUGUACGCUGCUCUCGGGCUCCGAAGUACGCUGCUCACGGUACUGGGUGCUGUAGUUCAGCUGGGAGCCGGAGGCGCCUACUUGUUUUCCUCGUUGCCUGGCGGUUCUGCCGGGUUGCGCUAUGUCGGCAGCUUCCUGGGUAGCUUCGUGCGACGAAGUGUUUCUAAAGCUCUUCCAGUGUGAGUUAAUCUGUCGUCUGCAGUCCAGCUCCCGGGCUUGGGAAGACUGUUCCUGGAGGAGGCAACCGGGGCCACUUUUCAAAGUAGUGCGCAGAGCAGGAUAUGCAGCCUGAAUCCCACCACUCCUUGAACAGAAAGUUUCUUCUGCGACUACUUGGUGAAUUCCAGGAGACAAAAGACCGGGAGAUAAUGCAGUUCCCUUACUGUGGCUGUUUGCUUGCUGAGAAGUAUUAAAGUAGUAAAACAAAAGAUGUGACUUAAAACUGAAUUACCUACGUUGGCAGGUAGAAGGAGCCAAAGGUUUUGUAGUCUGUGUUCCUCCGACCAUUGCACAAACUACCCCAUUAACCAUUUUUAAAAUGUACAGCCUCAUGAUUUCUCUCACUCUUGGGCUAUAAAAGAGGCAGCUGAACAUUUCCUUUACCUAUUCGUUAUUGAAGUGUUUUCCUUCUUCUGACACAAUUUUGGGGUGGGUGUGAUUAGGAUGCUGUCAAUAAUUUAAUUGAUGGUGUUAUUGGACUGGGAUUUGUCCAGCUGCUAUUAGCCUUUGAACUGGUGUGCAACUUCUCCACUCCAGUCAGUGGUACUGCCUUAUUGGCCAUUUUGUCCUGAACUGCAGAACAGACCUGGGUUAGAUGAGGUUAGGCAUAUUGUUCGUUAAAGAUGUGCUCCUUUAGAAUAUUAUCUGUAUGGUGAAAUUAGCAUGUAAAGCCAUACACAUGAACAUAUUUUCUGUACAUGUUCUGGAAUCCUAUUUCUCAAGAGUUUUCGCCUUGUUGAUCAUUCCCACUUCCUUUAUUCUAUACUCCUUUUGUGCAUUCCAACCAUUGAAAUGGAAUAUAUUUCUGAAGAGCCAGUUUGAAGGGAAAAACCCCCACUAGUGUCAACUGUCUCUUGCUGUCUCUCAUUUUACGUUGCUGUGUUUCUUGUUUCUCUCACAUAGUUCUUCCCUUUUUACAUCUUUCAAGAGUUCUAGACUGAUGGCCAGAGGUGAGCUGAUGGACUAGUUAGAAGUACAAAUC